AUGAAGACACAACGGGCGGCAAACAGGGCCGCCACGGUCAAGAAGCGCAAUAACAACAAAACCAAGACAGGUGCAGCGUACAAAGUGGACAAUUUCAAGGUGCCCGAAAACCCAACCCUAGACGAUAUUAAGCAUGCCGUCGGCCUUCAAGAACUCGAUGCACGCGUCAAGGACGCCAAAGAGUCUUGCUGGGAAACAGAGUCACUGCUGGAAGACGCUUUAGCAGAGUUGGGCGAUGCCAAACUCUCCGCGGAAGACCCCGACAUCUGCACGCCUGACGAGGCCAUGGUCCUGCGCCACCAACUCAGAGCUCUUGGUCCCGCAGAAUUCUGUAGAAGGACCGUCGAUGCUGGAAGCUACACAGCCAAGAAAUUGCUGUCGGCUUUUGGUAUCAAACCACCACCCUUUCUAGAGGGCGCCGACGAUGAGGCUUACUUUAGCAUUUUGUCGCUCGCCAUUAGCAGAGAAUUGUCCAAACGUGCCAAGUUAUUCCGGUUCAACACGGUUGAUGAUGCCGUUGAGUUGUUAAAUCGGAGUCAAAACAUCAUAGUCCUCACAGGCGCUGGCAUAUCCACCUCGCUCGGCAUACCCGACUUCCGCUCAAAGGGUACUGGUUUAUACUCACAACUCGAGCAUCUGGGUCUUAAUGACCCACAAGAAGUGUUUGACAUUUCGGUCUUUAAGCAAGAUCCGACCAUCUUCUACACUGUCGCCAAGGACAUCCUUCCAUCUACUGACCGCUUCACGCCUACCCACGCAUUCAUCUCAAUGUUGCAAAAGAAGGGAAAGUUGCUCACCAACUACACCCAGAAUAUCGACAAUCUCGAGGCUAAGGCUGGCAUCUCCCCUGAUAAAAUGAUUCAGUGUCACGGCUCUUUCGCAACCGCCACAUGCGUUCAAUGUGGCUUCAAGUGCGUGGGCGACGAGAUCUUCCCAGAUAUCAAGGCUGGCAAGAUCCCACGGUGCCCUCAAUGCAUUCAGAACCUGCGUCCUAAUGGCAGCACGAAGCGCAAGCGCUCCGCAGGCACUGAGAGGAAACGGCGUCGGUUCAGCUCGGACGACUCGACGUCCGAUUCAGAGUACGAUAUCCCCAGCGUGGGCGUCAUGAAACCAGAUAUCACCUUCUUCGGCGAGGCGUUACCUGACGAGUUCAGCCGUCGCCUCACGGAGCAUGACCGCGAUAAGGUAGAUCUUGUCAUCGUCAUCGGCACAAGUUUGAAGGUGACGCCGGUAUCUGAAAUAGUAAGCUGGUUGCCGGCCAAUAUCCCUCAAAUUUACAUUUCACGACAAGCCGUUAACCACAUCAACUUCGACAUUGAUCUAUUGGGCGAUUGCGACGUUGUUGUUUCGGAACUGUGUCGUCGCGCAGGUUGGCCUUUGAAACACGAAAUGGUCCCCGAGGACCAGGUUGUCAAAGUGAGGCCUGAGGGAAGCUGUGUGAGUAGACAUGUCUUCGAAGUUUUCGAUCCCAACGCUCCAAAAACCAAGACGGAGCCCGAGAACCAAGAGACGCAUUUCGUAAAGCCGGCGAAGCCUGCUAGACCGACGAAGCCCAGAAAGUCUACCUGA